UAAAUGAACAGAACAUAUAUUAGACCUGAAAAUUAAGAAACUGAACAAUAACCAACAAUGGUGAUGGACGCCACCAACUGGGACGAAGACGCUUACAGGAACACCAUCCUCCAUGAAAGAGAAACUCAAUGUCGAACAGUUUUUCGUGCCAUUUUUGCUCCUUCAAACCCUAACCAUAACCCUAAUCCCGACAUUGUUGUUGCUGCUUCAAGUGAUGGUUCAGUCGCUGCUUAUUCUCUCUCCUCCAUACUCUCUUCCAUUGAAUCGCGCUAUGGCGUGCCGACUCCUCAACAAGUGUUUACUGCUGAACCUUAUUGCUUUCUUCAAGCGCAUGAGGGUCCUGCUUAUGAUGUUAAGUUUUACGGCGAUGAUGAUGAUGCUUUGUUGUUGAGCUGUGGAGAUGAUGGCUGGAUACGAGGGUGGAAAUGGAAGGAACUUGAAGAGUCAGAGACACCUAUACAUAAACAAGGCUCCCAUGUAAAACCUUCUAUAGACUUGAUGAAUCCACAACACAGGGGUCCGUGGUAUGCUACAUCUCCAAUAUCGGAGAACAAUGCAAUUGCUGUUGAUCACCAGAGAGGAUCCAUAUAUGCUGCUGCUGGUGAUUCCUGUGCAUACUGCUGGGAUGUGGAGACAAGUAAGAUUAAGACGGUGUUUAAGGGACAUUUGGACUAUCUGCAUUCCAUUAUUGCUCCAACGGGCAGCAAUCAGAUCAUAACUGGAUCAGAGGAUGGUACAGCAAGAAUUUGGGACUGCCGAAAUGGAAAGUGUGUUCAGGUGAUAUCUCCAAAGCGAGAGAGUCUAAAGGAAGUUUCCAGUGUUAGCUGCAUUGCUCUAGAUGCAAGUGAGAGUUGGCUGGCUUGUGGUAGCGGAAAAAGUUUAUAUGUUUGGAAUCUUCUGGCUUCAGAACAAAUUUCAAGGAUCAGUACUCCUACAACUUGCCAAGAUGUAGUUUUUGAUGACAAUCAUAUAUUAGCAGUUGGAGCUUCAUCAAUGCUUAGUCGAAUGGACAUGAAUGGCAAGAUCCUAUCUCAAAUAAGAUGUGCUCCUGAGUCGGCAUUUUCCGUCUCCUUGCAUCAGUCGGGUGUGAUAGUAGUUGCUGGGUAUACAGGGCUGGUUGAUGUGGUAUCGCAGUUUGGAAGUCACUCGUGCACAUUCCGAUGCACAUCUGUAUGAUCUCCCACCUUAUAUAAUUAUGCUUUAUACGAAGUAUGAUUCUUAGACUUUUUGGUAGAUAGAUUUCCAUUCUAGUGAAGGUUCAAGUACUUGAGCUACGUAUCAUUAUGGUGAAAAAAAAUCGAAGAUCUGAUUAUUAGUGUAGAUCUGAUUUCCUGAUUACCUUUCAACCUCCUUUUGGAAAUAUUUUAUUUUUACAAUAUUGCUCCAUACUAUAGUCCUCUACAUAUAGAUAAUCUUGUAGUUGUAUUUGUAAUUUUCAGGUGACUAAUUAGUAAUGUUACAUUGACAAUUUUUACAGCUAAAAAAAACAAAGGUUUUGCAGAAAGAUAUAUAGAACAAGCAAAACUA